AUGGCCCCUCUAAAAGUCGCCGUCGCCGGAGCUACAGGAAACCUCGGCCUCCCGGUCGUCAACGCACUUGUUGCGGCCAACUACCCCAUCACCGUGCUGACCCGCAAGGGGAGCAACAGCGCCUCCAAACUCCCCCAGUCCAGCAACAUCACAAUCAAAGAAGUCGAUUACAGCUCCAUACCCGAACUCACAGCAGCUCUUGAAGGGGUCAAAGUGGUGGUCUCCACCCUCGCAACCACCAGCGUGGGCGAACAGAAUCCUCUAAUCGACGCUUCCGUCGCCGCCGGGGUGGAAAGAUUCCUCCCAUCCGAGUUUGGCAGUGAUACAUGUAACCCGAAGACCGCUGCUCUCCCGGUAUUCAAGUACAAAGUCGCAACGCAAGACUACCUCAAGGCGAAGGUCAAGGAGAACCCUAAUUUCAGCUACACGUUGGUGAUCACUGGGCCCUUUUUCGACUGGGGUCUCCAGCAUGGCUUCGUCUUGAAUCCGGCCAAACACUCUGGCACGCUAUACAACGGCGGCGAUGCGAAGUUCUCGACCACGACGCUGAAAUCGAUUGGUCAAGCAGUGGUCGGAGUCAUUGAACAUCUCGCCGAGACCGCCAACCGCCCGGUGUACGUGAACGACACGGUCACCACGCAGAACAAACUGAUCGCCUACGCAAAGGAGAAGGACGGGAAAGACUGGGAUGCACCUGUGAAGAUGACGAAGGUGCUGUACCAGGAGAGCAUGGACGAGUUGACCAAGGGCGGAGACAUCGGCAAGGCCAUGGUCGGGUUCAUUCUGAGCGGGAUCUUUGGCGGCGAGGAGACCGGCGGCAGUUUCGAGGGCAGGACGGACAACGAGUUGCUGGGCCUCAAGGGCUUGAGUGAACAGGAAGUCAAGGAGAUUGUCCAGAGCAACGUGUAA